GUGCCCCAAGGGUCAACCUCUCCUGUCCUCCCCUACCACAGGGACGCAACGGGAACAAUACCACACAGAUGUCUGUUAGGGACUCUGCUUGGCCCUCGCCAUACCCCUUCCAUUUCGGCGAGGCAGACAUGCACCUCCCUUCUACACGGGAGGCAAAUGAGGCGAAAAAGUGUCUUGACACAUCUGCAGGGCAGUAAAAGGCGGCGUGUGGAGGUGGAGCCCAGACCCGACUGCACUGGUCGGAGGCGCAGAUAAGGCUCGGCGAGCGGGGCCUGCAAGGCAAGGAUGAAAGCCCGGCCCGCCGCGGAGCGCUUGCAGUCCCAGAAAUCCUGGAUUGAAGGAGUGUUCAACAAGAGAGAAUGUAACAAAAUCAUACCUAGCUCAAAAGACCCUCACAGAUGUACUACAGGAUGCCAGGUCUGCCAUAAUUUAAUCAGGUGUCACUGUGGUCGAUUGAUUGGAGACCAUCAUGGGCUAGAUUAUUCCUGGACCAUCUCAACUGCCAAUGAUAAUGAAAAUGAGCAAUGGUCUGUUGAAAAGCACACGACGAAAAGCCCGACAGAUACGUUUGGCACUAUUAAUUUUCAAGAUGGAGAGCAUACCCACCACUCCAAGUAUAUUAGGACUUCUUAUGAUACCAAGUUGGAUCAUCUGUUACAUUUAAUGUUGAAAGAGUGGAAGAUGGAAUUGCCAAAGCUGGUGAUCUCUGUCCAUGGGGGCAUCCAGAACUUCAAGAUGCCCUCCAAACUUAAAGAGAUCUUCAGCCAAGGUUUGGUCAAAGCUGCAGAGACAACAGGAGCAUGGAUAAUAACGGAAGGCAUUAAUACUGGCGUGUCCAAACACGUUGGGGAUGCCCUGAAAGCCCAUUCCUUCCAGUCCUUGAGAAAAAUCUGGACAGUUGGAAUCCCUCCUUGGGGUGUCAUUGAGAACCAGAGAGAUCUUAUUGGAAAAGAUGUGGUAUGCCUGUACCAGACUCUGGGCAACCCCCUUAGCAAGCUUACCACACUCAACAGCAUGCAUUCCCACUUCAUCUUGUCUGAUGAUGGGACUGUGGGCAAGUAUGGAAAUGAGAUGAAGCUCAGGAGGAAUCUGGAAAAGUACCUCUCUCUGCAGAAAAUACACAGCCGCUCAAGACAAGGGGUGCCUGUGGUGGGGCUGGUGGUGGAAGGAGGUCCCAAUGUCAUCCUCGCUGUGUGGGAGAUUGUGAGAGACAAAGACCCGGUGGUGGUGUGUGAAGGCACAGGCAGGGCUGCCGACCUCCUGGCCUUUACCCACAAACACAUAGCAGAUGAAGGGGCCCUACGUCCUCAGGUGAAGGAGGAGAUCAUCUGCAUGAUUCAGAACGCUUUUAACUUUAGUCUUAAACAGUCCAAGCACCUUUUUCAAAUUCUAAUGGAGUGUAUGGUGCACAGGGAUUCUAUUACCAUAUUUGAUGCUGAUUCCGAGGAGUCACAAGACCUUGAUUUAGCAAUCCUAACGGCUCUGCUCAAGGGCACAAAUUUAGCAGCAUCAGAACAAUUAAAUCUGGCAAUGGCUUGGGACAGAAUGGACAUUGCCAAGAAACACAUUCUAAUUUAUGGACAACAUUGGAAGGCUGGCGCACUGGAACAAGCAAUGUUAGAUGCUUUAGUGAUGGAUCGAGUGGAUUUUGUGAAGCUCUUAAUAGAAUACGGAGUGAACCUACAUCGCUUUCUUACCAUCCCCCGACUGGAAGAGCUCUAUAACACAAAACAAGGACCUACUAAUAUGCUCUUGCAUCACCUUGUCCGAGAUGUAAAACAGCAUACCCUUCUCACAGGCUACAGGAUAACACUGAUUGACAUUGGAUUGGUAAUCGAAUACCUCAUUGGUGGAGCAUAUCGAAGCAGCUACACUAGAAAAAGUUUCAGAACCCUCUACAACAACCUCUACAGAAAACAUAAGCGAGUGACCAGUUUUGCUCAAAGCCUUUCCCAGCCCCCUCUUCACCGAAGACACCCCUCAGGAAAUCGAAAUGAAUCUGCAGAAAGUACGCUGCAUUCCCAGUUCAUUAGAACUGCCCAGCCUUACAAAUUCAAGGAAAAGUCUGUAGUUCUUCAUAAGUCAAGGAAGAAGUCAAAAGAAGAACAAAAUAUAUCAGAUGACCUUGAAUCUACCGGCUUUAUUUACCCUUACAAUGACCUGCUGGUUUGGGCUGUGCUAAUGAAAAGACAGAAGAUGGCCAUGUUCUUCUGGCAGCAUGGAGAGGAGGCCACGGUCAAGGCAGUGAUUGCCUAUAAACUCUACCGAGCCAUGGCCCAGGAAGCUAAGGAGAGCAACAUGAUGGAUGAUGCCUCAGAAGAGCUGAGAAAUUAUUCAAAACAGUUCGGCCAACUUGCUCUGGAUGUGUUGGAGAAAGCAUUCAAGCAGAAUGAAAGAAUGGCCAUGAAACUGUUGACCUAUGAACUCAAGAACUGGAGCAAUUCUACUUGUCUGAAACUGGCUGCGUCUGGAAGAUUGCGGCCCUUUGUUUCACACACUUGUACCCAAAUGCUACUGACAGACAUGUGGACUGGGCGCCUGAAAAUGAGGAAAAACUCCUGGUUAAAGAUCAUCAUAAGUAUUCUUUUUCCACCCACCAUUUUGUCAUUGGAAUUUAAAAGCAGAGCAGAGAUGUCGCACGUUCCCCAGCCCCAGGACUUCCAGUUUGUGUGGUAUUACGGUGACCAGAACCCCAGCAGUGCGAAAGAAAGCGCUUAUACGAAAGACUAUGAUUUGGAAAGAGGCCCUGAUGAGAAACUAGAUGAAAAUCAGCACUUUGAUUCAAAGAGCGAUCCCCAAAGCCUUCCAUGGACCAGGAAAAUCUAUGAGUUCUACAAUGCUCCAAUUGUCAAGUUUUGGUUUUAUACGAUGGCAUAUUUGGCAUUCCUCAUGCUGUUCACUUACACUGUGUUGGUGGAGAUGCAGCCCCAGCCCAGCGUGCAGGAGUGGCUUGUUAUCAUUUAUAUCUUCACCAAUGCCAUUGAGAAAGUCAGGGAGGUCUGUAUUUCAGAACCUGGGAAGUUUACUCAAAAGGUGAAGGUAUGGAUUAGUGAGUACUGGAACGUGAUAGAAACUGUGGCUAUUGGCCUGUUUUCAGUUGGCUUCGGCCUCCGGUGGGGCGAUCCUCCUUUGCACACAGCGGGAAGACUGAUAUACUGCAUAGACAUCAUAUUCUGGUUCUCACGGCUCCUGGACUUCUUUGCUGUGAAUCAACAUGUAGGUCCUUAUGUGACCAUGAUUGCAAAAAUGACAGCAAACAUGUUCUACAUUGUGAUCUUGAUGGCCAUAGUCCUGUUGAGCUUUGGAGUGGCCCGCAAGGCCAUACUUUCGCCAAAGCAGCUUCCAUCUUGGAGUCUUGCUCGAGAUGUUGUAUUUGAGCCAUACUGGAUGAUUUAUGGAGAAGUCUAUGCUUCAGAUAUAGAUGUUUGCGAAAGCCGCCCGUCUUGCCCCCCUGGUUCUUUUCUUACUCCGUUUCUCCAAGCUGUCUACCUCUUCGUACAGUAUAUCAUCAUGGUGAACCUGUUGAUUGCUUUUUUCAAUAAUGUUUACAUGGAUAUGAAAUCCAUCUCCAAUAAGCUAUGGAAGUACAAUCGAUAUCGCUACAUCAUGACCUACCACCAGAAGCCUUGGCUGCCCCCACCUUUCAUCCUGCUGAGCCAUGUUGGUCUUCUCCUUCGCCGGCUUUGCCAUCAUCAGGCCCCAAAUGACCAAGAGGAGGGUGAUGUUGGAUUAAAACUCUAUCUGAGUGAGGAGGAUCUGAAAAGACUUCAUGAUUUUGAAGAGCAGUGUGUGGAAAUAUACUUCCAUGAGAAGACGGAAAGUCUGAAUAAUAGCUAUGAGGAACGAAUCCGAGUAACAUCAGAAAGGGUUACAGAGAUGUACUUCCAACUGAAAGAAAUGAAUGAAAAAGUGUCUUUUAUAAAGGACUCUUUACUGUCCUUGGACAGCCAAGUGGGACAUCUGCAGGACCUCUCUGCCCUGACAGUGGAUACCCUAAAAGUCCUUUCUGCUGUUGACACCUUACAAGAGGAUGAGGCUCUCCUGGCCAGCAGAAAACACUCUACUUGCAGAAAACUUCCCCACAGCUGGAGCAAUGUCAUCUGUGCAGGGGUUCUAGGCAGCGUGGAAGUCUCUGGGGAGAAGAAAUACCAGUAUUAUAGCAUGCCUCCUUCUUUGCUGCGGAGCCUGGCCAGAGGCCAGCACACCCUGAGAGUACAGAGGGGACCCCUUCUUGAGAUCACAGACAAUCUGAGAGAGGCUUCAAAUAUAAGAGAUGAGCAGGAAAAGCAAGAAACAGAAACUGCUAUAGUUGCUUCUGGGGUGUCCCUUCAUGGGCAAGGGCAGCCGAAGUAUGGCCAGUUUCUCCUGGUCCCUUCUGAUCUAAAGCGAGUUCCUUUCUCUGCAGAAACUGACUUGCCUCUGUUCAGAGCAUCCAUGGAAGCAGGUACAAAGGUGCUGGCAACUGAACAGGUCCCCCAGGGUGAAGUGCCUGUUCAUCUGACUUGGCAGACUCCAGCUGUCUCAGCUCAGGGCUCAGUGGCCGAACCCGAGGCACGGUACAGGUCAAUCGCUCAGACACCGGCCAGACAAGACGAGGCGGAGCAAGGUCUCCCCACUCUGAUUUGCACAUCUGUGCCAAUGCAAGUGACCUCCCUCCCCUCCCAAGUAGAGAGCAUGGGAACUGGAGGUGGAUAUGUGAACUGGGCAUUUUCAGAAGGUGAUGAAACUGGUGUGUUUAGCAUCAAGAAAAAAUGGCAGACCUGCUUGGCCUCCACGAGUAACAGUGACUCUAAAGAGAGUGACCAAGGACAGAGGCAGAUCCGGGCCAGAUCUCUAUCUGAUAACUCAUCAAGCUUGGCCCCUAGUAGUGACUGCUCAGAGGUAGGACCAUGGCUACAGCCAGACACAUCCUUUUGGAUCAAUCCUUUCCGCAGAGAUAGGCCCUUCACUCGGAGUCAUAGUUUGCGAUUCCACAAGGAGGACAAACUGAAGAUCUCUAAGAUUAAAAACCUUUCAAGAUCCUCAGAGAUAGGGCAGUUAGCAUGGAUCAAAACAAAAAUGCUAAUCAAGGAUAAGAGAUCGUCAAAGAAAAAGAAGAAAACACAAGGACUGCAGGUGCCAGUCAUAACGGUCGACACCUGCUCUCAAAAUGACCAAUUGGAUUCAGAGCCAGGAGAAAAUAAAAUCUCAGAAGAAGAGGUCUGCAGCAAGAACUGGCUCACAGUGUCCAAAUUUAAUCAGAUAAGUCUAGAACCCUCUCUAUAUCAGAAAAUGAAAACUAAAGAAAAGGAACAGCAUUCCAUACAAGUCAGUGAUUAUGUAAAGCAGUCUCAAGAGGAUCUGAGCAAAAAUUCAUUGUGGAACUCUAGGAGCACUAACCUCCCUAGGAACUCCCCGUUGAGAAGUUCAAAUGCAGCUGACAAAAUCUCAGCCUCCUUAAAAAGCCCUCCAGAGCCUCACCAUCAUUAUUCAGCCAUUGAAAGGAACAAUUUAAUGAGGCUUUCUCAGACUAUACCAUUUACACCAAUCCAACUGUUUGCAGGAGAAGAAGUAACUGUCUACAGGCUGGAGGAGAGCUCCCCUCUGAACCUUGAUAAAAGCAUGUCUUCUUGGUCCCAGCGAGGGAGAGCUGCGAUAAUCCAGGUGUUGUCCCGUGAGGAGAUGGAUGGCGGGCUCCGUAAAGCCAUGAGAGUCAUCAGCACUUGGUCUGAGGACGAUGUUCUCAAGCCAGGGCAGGUUUUCAUUGUGAAGUCCUUUCUUCCUGAGGUGGUACAGUCAUGGCACAAAAUCUUCCAGGAGAGUACUGUGCUUCAUCUUUGCCUCAGGGAAAUCCAACAACAACGAGCUGCUCAAAAACUAAUCUAUACCUUCAACCAAGUAAAACCACAAAACAUUCCAUACACACCAAGGUUCCUAGAAGUUUUCUUAAUCUACUGCCAUUCGGCCAACCAAUGGUUGACCAUUGAGAAGUACAUGACAGGAGACUUCCGGAAGUACAACAACAACAACGGUGAUGAAAUUGCCCCCAGCAACACCUUGGAGGAGCUGAUGUUGGCUUUCUCUCACUGGACCUAUGAGUACACCCGGGGAGAGCUGUUGGUUUUAGAUUUGCAAGGUGUUGGAGAAAAUUUGACUGAUCCAUCUGUUAUAAAACCUGAAGACAAACAAUCAAGAGGAAUGGUGUUUGGACCAGCCAAUUUAGGGGAAGAUGCAAUUAGAAACUUCAUUGCAAAACAUCGUUGCAACUCCUGCUGCCGGAAGCUCAAACUCCCGGAUUUAAAAAGAAAUGACUAUUCCCCUGGAAGGAUAACUUCCACUUUUGGACUUGAUAUCAAAAUGGAACCCACGGAGGGGGCUCUGGCAAGGAAUACGGAGAGGAACUCUCCAGAAGAUGUCACACGACUGUAAAAAGAGAAGGAGAAGCGAGAGGAUUCCAGCCGUUGCCCUCCUUCCCAUGAAAUCUUUGGCAACAGAGAUGGAUUGGAGUAACGUAGGUGACACCAGAGCCUCUGUCAGGAUGGCUUUACCCUGUGGCCCUCCUUGAGACACGCCUUCUGAGCCUCAAGUCUCACCUGCUGAAAGACCUCACUGGUGUCUGAUGAACGGGUUCUUCCAGAUACUGACCUGGGCGCAUGGUGCUCUGCAUGCGCUCAUCCUCCUGCAGUUUGGUGGGAAGACACUCAGAUGAUCCAGUGGGAAGACUGCUCCUUCCUACCUCAUUGCUUUAGCUGGUGGCUUAGAACCCCUGGAGCAGGACGGGUGGGGGGUGGACACCAAAGAACCAGGGAAAUGAAUUUAAUUUAUUUUCUCACUGUGUGUGCUGACUCUUUGCCCCCACUGCUGUUUGUUACCUCAUCCGCAUAUUGUGUUUUUGUGUGGACGUGGAUAUAAAAACCAUCUGACUUCCUUUCUCCUUUCCCACGGCAGAGGGCUUUGAAUAGCAACAACCAGCAAAGCAAUGGAAUGGGGAAUGGGAUGUGUUUGCACAGAUGAGACCAUACUCCUGCACGGUCUCACCAGUUAAAAAGGUAGUAUCCUGGUGAAAUCUAGAUGCAUUUGAGGUUUUUUUUUUUUUUUUUUUUUAUUGGUAAAUCACAGGAUGCCUGGACAUUUCAGGUUUUUUUCUGGAAGAAAGGAGAAAGGAAAUCUAAAACAAAUGCUCCUGCAUGCUUUUUAAAAUAUAUAUAUAUAUUUUAUAUAUAUAUAUAUAUUUUUUUUUUUUUCUUAAAGGGGAAUGAGGAUAUGCAGAAUUAGGAAUUACCAAAGAAGUAUUUCCUCUUCCCUUAAGCUCAGGGGUACUAUCAGUUAGCAUUGACUAGGCCAACCUCUAAAACACGACUCUCUUUUCCAAAGCUGUGCAUAUAAUAUCAUGGGCUAAGUUACUCUAUCAGGUCCUCUGGGGAAAGAUGGGGUUUCUUACUGAAAACUCGCUUUGAAGGUGUUCACUUCGUUCCAGUGCAGAACGCUGGUGGCUUAAAAGAGUGCCCCGGGGUGCAUUUUAAGUUAGGCCUCAGAACACGCCAAUCAGUUUCUGAGGCCCAGAGGAAGGCUCCCAGGACGGUGCACUGCACAGAACCUUUGGGGAAGCAGCCAUCCCUCUUUUGCACCCUCUUUUGCAGAACAAGCAUGGACUUUCACACAGGAGAGAGUGGAAGGGCUUGAAACUCCUCUUUAUCUUUAGCCUUAACAUGAGCUGGUUUGCUUAACCCACCUUCCUGUAUUUCCAGGUUAUACCUCAGGGGACAUGUGGCCUGAGCACACAGGGCUUGAGAGCCACAGAUUUAAUUUGCCAAGGGUUGCAGUUGGUUCUUAGGCAAUUUGCAAGAAACUAAUUUGUACCCCUUUUACUUUUGGUCUUGGAAGUGGUGGUGGGCAGGACAUUUGGGUGAUUUCUAGAUUGACAAUGGGGAUAAAAUGUUAAACGCUUUUUUUCAGGACCUAACUGCUUUAUCCUAUUCUGCAAAUCACUAAGGGAUCUAUUGCACUGAACUGUGGAAAGAGGCAGUUUUACUGUCCAAGAGCCAAACUAAAGGCAUUCAUUGAUUGGUCAAAUAUUUGUCACCUGGCAUGGAACUUGAAAACAAAUGCAUUGUGAUUUCAAAUGCCUGUGUUGUACCUCUUCCUUUCUUUUCUCUUCUUUUCUUUUCCUCUUCUUUUCUUUCAGAAAAGCCACCAAAAUAAUAUACUUAUAAAGAUGAAGUGCUGAUCAGAGAUCCCCAUAGGAUUGCUUGCAUGCAAAUACUGAUGUGACAGUCAUGACUUUUGAGUGAUUCAUGACCACAGAAGGGUGGAUGUCCAUUCAUUCAUUCGGUCAGUUUUAUUUUAUUCAGUCAGACUUUUACCAAAGUGCCUUCUCUGUACUGUGUGAGCAAUGAGGAUCAAUGAACAGAGCAUUUCUUUGCCCGUAAAAAGCUUUAUGUCUUGUGAUUCUUUCUUUUUUUUUUCCUUUGGUACCAAGUUUGGAUUUCUGGUUAAUACUUAAAAAAAAAAAAAAAAAAAGAGCCCUGAUUUCUGUGGAGAAUGUUGGAUCCAGUGACGUGUCCCAUGCUGCCUCUGCCAAUGGGUAGUAGGUUCUGACUGGAAUACGUGAAUUAGGGCAAAAAGAAGACCUAGCUAGGGCUGGUUUUAGGAACCACUGAGGAAAAACAAAGUCUACAAUCUUUGCAUGAGCACAAAGCCCAUCUCACAGAUGGGAUCUGACUUGGGGGAUCAGAGAAGCAACCGGGUUCCCAGGAGUCCUUUCUGAGGGCAUCUUGUGUACACAUACUCCUUUCCAGGAGGCUGUAUGUUCCUGGAGUGACUUCUGCCCCAUGACAUCCUAAAGCCUCUGUCCACUCUGGGGAAUGAGAUCAGAUAUAGUUUUGGGUGUUUCUUCCUCAUUGUUAUUUCCUGUGGCUUUGCAAAACAAGUUCUAGGUGACUAAGACUUCCCAAGCAACCAUUUACUGAAUGUUUAAAAAAAUAAUUUUAUUUUCUUGGUGUUUGUUAACCGGUUUUAGACGAGAUGGGCCACUGAGGGUCUAGAAGGCAUGAUACAAAUGCCCCAUCAUAGUCUGUUGUCUCUCCAUCAGCCACUAGCAUCUGGCACAAAACAUGGCACAUUAUAAGCUUCCAACAUUAUUUGUUGAAAGAAAUAAUAAAACCUUCAAAUGGUAAUGGAUUUUGUUCACUAGGUAAUAAAUCAGAUUUGCAUUUUUAAUCUAGGAGGGAAUGAUUACCAAUUCCUUAAGACCCAACACAAUUCUUUUGAUCUCUCUCUGUUUUAAUUUUCCAGGAAAUAGCUUUUAACAACCUAUACCUUGUCUAUUGAAUUCUCAACCAGUUCUUGCCCUUAUCAUUGUUGUGAUACCAGAGUACAGUCCUUCUUACUGGGGACUGUUGAAAUGAGAUGAUAACUUCCCAGAAACUGCCUAGAAAUAAUCAUCACUUUAUUACCCUUUGAAAAGAAGAUUGAUAGAAAAGUCAUUUGAAAGAUGGUUCAUUACCAUGCCCUAGUCCGAUUUCUUUACUCACAUCUAUCCAAAGCAUGAGAAAGGGAGGAUUAUUCUCUGAGGUCGGAAUUUGAAGGCUGUGUGUUUGCCUCUUUGAAGUCUUGGUAUUUAAUUUUCUGUAGUCAUUUCUUGGGCAAUUUUCUAAGAAACUAGUUGAAGCUAAUUUAUCAUAAGUUAAAGUCAAAUGACAGAAAAGAUUUUUUUCCCCCUUAACAGUCUUUUAUUCCACAGAGGUUAGCUUCUGAAGGAAAAUGAGACUUAAAAUAGCAUUUCAAAUCUCCAGCCUCAUGGGUGGGUCCAUAGAAUAGAAAGCGUUCCGGAAACCACACUGGUUUUUUUAUUUCGCACAGUUAUUAUUUUGUGACUUUUCUUUCCAGACCAUGAUGUACAGAUAAAAUAUAUUUUUGUGAAAAGCCCUCCUAAAAAUAAUUAGUAAGUUGCUUAAUGUUUCAAAGAGAGAUUUGUUUUUUUAGUCCUCGAGCAGUAACAGACCUUGGUCUGUAUCAUUGGCAGACUUUGGUAUAACUUUAUAUAAUUUGCCUAACCCUUGUCUUAACCCCUAACUCUGAAAUGGAGAUGAUAUGCUUACCUUUUCAAACAAAGGUGAACAAUAAUGAGAGAGCAUUUAUAAAGCCCUUUGAGAAUCUCAUUCACCAGGUUUCCUGUGAGCAUGGGAUCCAGUUCAAUAAAUAAUAAGAGGUUUUCAUUUUUGAUAUUAUGGGAUCAUUAUUUAAUGUUUAUAGAGGAUGCUCAGUGGACCUGUUUCAGUGUAAACACAAAAGUGGUCUCUGCUAUUUCUGUUUCCGAGGGGAAGAAGCUCAUUGCUCCCUUUUUGUUUUGAAGCUUAAUUAAAUAGCUCAAAAUCAGGACAUUUACCAUUUCACAGUAUCUCCUAUUUAUUUUGCUUUUCGGUGUAUUUAGGUUUAUGCAGUUAAUUUCUUUUGCCAUCUUCUGCCUAAAGAAAGCCUUCCGGAACAAGUAAAGCCCAAAUCUGGCACCAUGACAAGUGAUGCUUUUGGGAAUAAAGGAGAGCAGGUUUAGAAUCUUGAUGUUUGUAAAGCUGGAUGUUUUACAAAAAUUCUAAUUAAUGGUGACUUACAUUUUGUCAGUAUGGGGCUGUUUAGUAAUAAGAAAAUUCUGGCCUUUAGCUUGCCAGCAUCUUUUAGCAACUACAGUUGCCAUUGAACAACAUGGUUCAAAUUGCAUGGGUCCACUUAUACACAGAUUGCUUAUAGUAUAGUAUUGUAAAUGUAUUUUCCUUAUGAUUUCCAUAAUAACAUUCCUUUCUCUGGCUUACUUUACUGUAAAAAUAGAGUUUAUAAUACAUAUAACAUUGAAAAUAUGUACUAAUUGACUGUUUAUGUUAUUGAUAAGGCUCCUGGUCAAGAGUAGGCUACUGAUAGUUAAGUUUUGGGGGAGUCAAAAGUUAUGCAUGGAUUUCCAACUGCAAGGGAGGUUGGUACCCCUAAUCCCUGCGUUGUUCAAGGGUCAACUAUAGCCUCCUUUAGAAUUUUCACCU